AACACGGUAAAUGAAGCUCUUUUCUUCUGGCGCUGGAUUGAACUUCGCUGUUGUGUUUGGGGUUUUUUUACGGUCGCUUUUGCAAUAAUGUCAGCGGAACGUCUCGCUAAAAUUCCAGAGGUGGAUUUAGACCCCAACGGCGUCUUUAAAUACGUCCUCAUUCGCGUUCAUAGCAAAGACGACGAUUCAUAUGUUGAUAUAGUGAGAGGAUACGCGUGGGCCGAAUAUCACGCUGACAUAUAUGACCGUGUGUCUGGAGAGCUGGAGAGAGCUGGAGGAGUGGACUGUGAGUGUCUCGGAGGAGGAAGAAUCAAACAUGACCAGGACGCAAAGAAGAUCCACGUCUACGGUUAUUCCAUGGGAUUUGGCAGAGCGAAGCAUUCAGUUUCCACAGAGAAGAUAAAAACUCAUUACCCAGAUUAUGAGGUGACCUGGGCAGAUGAAGGGUAUUGAGUGGGUUUACAUGGGAUACGCUUGACGACCCAAUAUGAGAACACAGUGAACUGUUAAAAUUAGCUUUGAACUGUUGCAUUGGACUUGCAUUGGCCAAGACUGAGAGAAAACAGAACUGUUUCAGAUAUGGUUGGAUGGAUAAAAUGUUUGCCUUAACUAGAGGAGAGGUCAUCCUCAUUUUGUUUGGUUUUUAACUUAAUGUGUAGCUUAACACAUGACAAUGAAAAGAGAAAAAUGCACUUCUGUUCAUCCAUUGGUCUUUUUGAAUGACAAAAUAUAAGAAAAGGGGGAAAUAAAGGAUACUGCAGAAGCUUAAGGUCUUAAAUACAAAAAAGCAAUGACAUCCUAAAAAACUUCCAGAUGCCCAAAUGUUUCCACACAGUUAUGUAAUUGGAGAUUUAAAGUUUUGAAACGAUUGAUUCCAAAUGAUUUACUCAUUUGAAGCGUUUGAAACAUCAAUGUCUAGCGACAUCUCCUGGACAAAACCAAGUAAUUGAAACACAAAACUCAAAACAAACAUGGAUUAAGUUUGCCUUUUUCAAACGCAGUUAAAUUGAAGUUAAAACCUAUCAGAUGUACUUGGUUUAUCAUCCUAUAUCAUUAAAUAUUAAGUGUUUACAAAA